GACCUAAAGUCAACCUUCACCAUACAGGAACUCAUGCUUCUUCUGAACCACUUUUGACGGAUUUGAAAUGUCUAAUUAAUUCUUACACUUUAUCGAUCCAUUAGAAAAACAUAGUUUUUCCUUAGAAAAGAAGACAAACCUUUAAAGAAGAGAAAUAAAGGAUACUCUGAGAAGACAGGAUGGAACCGUUGACAAGCAUUGACGGCUCUGACUCUGACUAUGAGUACGAGUAUGACGAUUACCUGGACAACAGCACCAUGUGUGACUACUCUGAAUGGACACCAUCCUACUCAGUCAUCCCGGUCCUCUACAUGCUCAUCUUCAUCCUGGGCCUCUCUGGCAACGGCGUGGUCAUCUUCACUGUGUGGAGGGCUCAGGCCAAGCGACGGACGGCUGACAUCUACAUCGGUAACCUGGCCAUGGCUGACCUGACCUUCGUGUUGACUCUUCCCUUGUGGGCGGUGUACACGGCCCUGGGCUACCACUGGCCCUUUGGCGUGGCCCUUUGCAAGAUCAGCAGCUACGUGGUCCUCCUCAACAUGUACGCCAGCGUCUUCUGCCUCACCGCCAUGAGCUUUGACCGCUACCUGGCCAUCGUCCACUCUCUGUCCAGCAGCCAGCUCCGCACCCGAAGCCACAUGCAGGCCUCCCUGAUGGCCAUCUGGCUCCUGUCCGGCCUGCUGGCCGCCCCCACGCUCAUCUUCCGCACUACCAAGAAGGACAUGAGCACCAGCCGGGUCUCCUGUGCCAUGGAUUUUAGCCUGGUGGUGGGCGGGGACAGUCCAGUGACGGCCAUGGAUUUCCACAUGGGCAAUCGGUCCGACUUGUACAACAAACACCUGGAGUCCAUUUGGAUCGCCGGGCUCAGCAUCUCGUCCUCGGCCCUGGGCUUCCUGCUGCCCUUCCUGGCCAUGAUGGUGUGCUACUGCUUCAUCGGCUGCACGGUGACGCGUCACUUCAACAGCCUGCGCAAGGAGGACCAGAGGAAGCGGCGCCUGCUGAAGAUCAUCACCACACUGGUGGUGGUGUUCGCCGCUUGCUGGACGCCCUUCCACGUGCUGAAGAGUGCCGACGCCCUCUCCUACCUGAACCUGGCCCCGAACACCUGUGUCUUCCUCCGCUUCCUGCUGCUGGCCCACCCGUACGCCACCUGCCUGGCCUAUGUCAACAGCUGCCUGAACCCCUUCCUGUAUGCCUUCUUCGACCUGCGCUUCCGCUCCCAGUGCCUCUGCCUGCUCAACCUGAAGAAGGCCAUGCACGCAAGCCCGGCCUGCUCCCUGUCCUCCCAGAAGACGGAGGCCCAGUCGCUGGCCACCAAGGUGUGACGUUUAUGCCUGGGUCAGGGCACAGGAGACGGACACGGAGCGGAGGGAGUGUGUCCGCAGACGCCCUGUCCUAAACUGCCCCCGCUGUCACCUGAACACUGCAGGUGAACCUCUGACUUCUGAGGUUCAUGAUACCAGUACCUGUCCAGAAAAUAUUUGUGGAUGUCAACAUCCAGUCGCGCCUUACUGUGGACCAACUGACUGAAGGAACUGACGCCGAGUCAGUCUUCUGACUGUAAUCACGUUCACUGAUGUCCUCUGAGCUCACUCAUAGUGAUUGGGAGGUUUGUACAAACCCCUCGAACUGCUUGAUAAAGGGGACCAAGCUCCCGGCCAGGGUGAUGGAAACCAGACCCCAGACAUUUUGGAAAGUGUUGAAUGUAUUUCAAAGGGUCAAAAGAUGUUUAGAUUGUUCCCCCUGGUCUCCUGAGGACUCGGGUUUGGGGUCCCAUGGUGCUGGCUUGUUACACUGGAGGAGUCUAUUAUUAAUGCAUUUGUACAAUGUUCUUGUUUUGUUUUGUAAGCACUUGCUCAUUGGAAAGAGGUGAGACGCCUUUCUCUGGAAAAGGGGAGAUGCUCUCUUAUCUGCCUCAUUAAAGCCAGUAAAGGAAAUGGUGUUGAAGGGGGUGAAAUUGGAGGGGCUCCCAGAUGGACAGAUGGCAGCUGACAAAUGUUGUCAACGAGGCUGCUCUGACAGAUUAAAUUCUGGUGUGUAUGUGUGAGUGUGUGAGUGUGUGUGUUUGUGUGUUUGUGUAGACAUGAGUCCUUUUAUUGAAUUUAAAUUGGGGAAGACAUGAAUGAACUGGUCUUUAUUAGACAAGGAUGAGAAUACAUGCUCUAUAAUGCUUUUAUGUUUGUUAU